AUGUUUACUUGUGAAGACACAUUAACUAAUGAUAUCAAAACAAAUUUAAGUCAAUAUAAGUUUCAUCUAGAAUUUAAUAAUCAUCAACAAUCGAAUUCAGAUAAUGAUGAAGAUUGUUCAUGUAAUAGUUGUGAAUGUUCAAGUUGUACUGAUGAACAUAAUUAUGAUGAAAAUAUCCUAGUCGACAAUAAUACUAUGCAUAUUAAUUCACAUCAAUUGAUAAAUACAAAGGAAUCAACUAACAAAACUUCUUAUCCAACAUCGAAUAUUCCGCAUAUAAAUGAUUCACACCACUAUUUAAAUGAAUGCAGUCGUUUAUCGAUUAAUUCGAAUCGUUCAUCGAUCAAUUCGAUGAAAGAAUCUAAUAUAAAAAGCAAAUCAUCAAAAAUAAAAGAUAUUAUUAAUACUUCAACUGAAUUCGUCUCAACAAAACGAAUAAAUGAACAAAUCAUUGAACAUCAAUCUUCAAUAGAUCAACAAAAAUUAGAACAUUUUCAAUCGAGUGAAAAUCAUGAAAUAGACAAACAAAAAUCAUCGAAAAUAGAUUUCGAACAUAUUUAUGAUAUAAUUGAUCAAUCAUAUACAAAAAUACCAAUUUUAUACAAUUCAAUAAAACAAACAAAAUUAGAUACAGAUUUUAUUUUAUCAGUCAAUAAUUAUUUAGAUCAUUUAAAGUCAAAUAUAUAUAAAGAUCUUAUUCGACGUGAAACAUUAUUACGUAAUGGAAAAAAUCAUACAAAAAAUUUAAUUUUACUUAUUCGUUGUAUAUGUAAAAUAUCUUAUGAACAAGCAUUUGAAAUUACAAAUGAUUCAAUGACAUCAAAACGUGCAAUAAUUUAUACAAUGACAGCUAUUGAUUAUAUUCUUCAAGGAAAUUUUCCACAAAAAAAACCAUUAUUUAAUUAUAUUCUUAAUGAAUAUAUAUCAAUGUGGUUACAUGAAAAUCUUCGAAUAAUUCAAGAAGAUUUUAGUAUUAUUGUAGAAAAUGGAACAGAAACAAAUUUUUUUUUACUUUGUAUUUGUCUUUUUCAUAAAUUAGAAUCAAUAUGUGCAAUUAAUUGGGAACGUUUACAAAUGAUACAAAAUUAUCGAUUAAUACAUUUUAAUCAAUUAAUGAAAUUAACAAGUAUUAAAUUAGAAACAAAUAAAAAUUUUCUUUUACUCUUUGGUAAACCUUUAAUAUCAAUAAUGAAAAAAUCUUCAAUACCUAUAACAUUAUUAUAUUCUAAUCGAACAGAUAAUGAAAUAAAUAAUAUUAAUGAAAUACAACAGAUAUUUAAAAAUUCUAUUGCAAAAAUUCUUCUUGAACAAUCUUUUACAUCAAAAACUAAUCUCAUAUCAUCAACAUCAACAAAUUUAAUCAAUGUAGAUCUUAAUUCAAAAAAUAAAGAAUUAUCUCAAUCAUCAUCUAUACUUAAUCAACAAGAAAAUCCUAAAUGGAAUAUUAUUUCUGAAACUCAUACACAGUUUGUUGAACCUGUAUUAUUACCACGUUAUUCAUCUUCAACAUCUUCAUCAACAAAACCAUUUCUAUUAUCUUCACCAUCAGAUAAAUUUGAAGAACAACAAAAAUCUUUGCCUUCUGAAUCUAAAUUAGUCUCUCUAGAACAUCAACAAUUAUCAAUAUCAAUCGAACCGAUAUCAAAGCAAAAUCCAUCAUCUACAUCCACUUCGAUUCAUGUUGAUCAAUCUUCUUCUUCUUCUUCUUCAACAAAUACGAUAAAUAAUACAUCUAAUCUAAUCAAAACUACUGAACAAAUAAACAGUUCAAAUGUAUCAACUCCACUAAUGCUUAUCAAAUUGGAACCACAAAAAAAUGCACAAAUAAUUCAAGAUAUAAAUGAUACAAUGCAAAAAUCCAAAACACAAAAUGAUGAUCAUUCAACACCAAAACUAACAUCUUUAAUUUUUUCUUCUCCUAAAAAACCAUUUACAAACGAUCAUAUCUCAUCUUCAUUACAUCAAACACUUUCUAAUAAAAAUAUAAAAAUAAAUUCAAAAGCAAUAUUAGAUACUGAAGUUAAUGCACUAAUUAAUUUCUUACAAGAACUUGCUUAUUCUUCAUUAUCAAUUCAACAAGAAAAUAAAACAUCACUAUUAUCAAAACUACUCGAAUCUUGUUUAAAACAAAGUACAACUGAUCCAAAGUCAAUCAUUGAACAAGUAAAAAAUAUUCAUCCACAAUUAUCUCUUAGUGUAAAUGACCCAUUAUUUCUUGCUGCAUUUACACGUAUUUUACGUAAAGAACUUCGAGAUGCAGAAAUUCUAAGAAAAAUAGAUUAUGAACAAUUAAAUGAAGAUUUACAAAAUAUUGAUCAUAUAUCAUUUGAAACAAGCAAUAUACUUAAAUUACCGAAUAUUGAUAAAUUUCUAAAAAAUAAAAAUAUUCCUGCUGGAGAUAAUAUUGAUCAAAGUCGAGUUUUUAUUGAAGUUACACAUGAUCCAUCAAGAUGUACAACAAAUUCUGAAUUUUCAGAUUAUCAAUAUCAAUCAUGUACACAACAACAUCAACGAUUCAAUCAUUAUAGUUCACCCGAAUCGAAGGAUACAAUAUUAUCUUCGUCUAUAUCGAAUCAUCCUCUACAACGAUGGUAUUGGAUAUAUUCAAAUAAAGCUUCCUUAUGUAAAGAUUGUAUUAUAACACCUAAUUCAUUAUAUUGUGAACGAAAUUCACUCAAUAAAAGUACUUAUUCAAUUACUGUUGAACAUAGUGAAGAAUUUCAAUAA